CUUAUUUCUUAUCUUAUCUUUCCUUGUUAUGACUUGUGAUCCGUCGUGAAUUUUAAUAUAAUAUAAAUAAAUAUGUAGUUUCGAUGUGUGACUAUAUCCCAAAGACUAAUAACAAGCCAAAAUUGUAUCUAUAUCAUCCGUAGUCCUCUACUUCUUUUGUAUUUGAUGUUGUACUGUAGAUUUUAAAGACAAUCAGUGAGGCCUAGAUACAUAUUUGUGUUAAAAAUGGAUGAUUCAGCACCUAUCGUGAAAAAUGUAAUUCACGCUGGGCAGAAAUACAAACCAAUAUCUGAUGGAAGCAAGGUGCACUUUCAUUUUCAAACAUGGAAGUGUGGGAAAGAGAGAGUGCUCAUCGACGACAGCAGGAAGAUUGGCAAGAAGGAGCCCAUGAUUCUAGUCAUUGGUCACAAGUUCAAGCUGGAGGUCUGGGAGUCCAUAGUCAAAAUGAUGGCCGUUGGAGAAGUAGCCAGCUUUACUGUUAAAAAAGAACUAGUAUUCAGCUAUCCAUUUGUGUCGAAAACGUUGCGGGAGCUUGGCCAGGAAACUUCUAAGAAGAAACAUGCAUGCACUAUGACAUUGCACACAGAAGGCAUUGGCUACCCUGACUUGGACAGUUUGAUGAAGGAGCCAUGUGAUUUAGAAUUCAUCAUAGAACUGCUUCGUGUGGAACGAUCCGACGAGUACGAGAAGGAAGUGUGGCAGCUCUCCUCACAAGAGCGGCUGGAGCUGGUGCCCAGCCUCCGGGAGAAGGGCAACCAGCUGUACGGACAGAAGAAAUAUGACGAGGCUGAGGAGGUGUACGCCAAGGCCAUUGCUAUUUGCGAACAGCUUAUGAUAAGAGAAAGAAAAUGUGACGAAGAAUGGAUCAACUUGAACAAAAUAAAGUUACCGCUACUACUGAACUACGCGCAGUGCAAACUCAUCAAAGGCGAGUACUACGCCGUCAUCGAGCACUGCAACACCGUGCUGGAACACGACAAAGACAAUGAAAAAGCUCUAUACAGACGAGCGAAAGCCCACGUCGGAGCUUGGAACCCGUCGCUCGCGGAAGAGGACUUCCUCCGCCUGAAGACUCUCAACCCCACGAUGGGCCCAACGGUGGACAAGGAGCUAGCGCACAUAAGGAAACUGCAGAAGGAUAAGGAGAGCAAAGACAAAGAUGCUUUAAGAAAGAUGUUCGGGACCGACAACGGCACGUAGCGUUCAUCGUCCAGUAACUCCUCGAGUCCGGUUUCAUAACUUCGAAAUAAGUUUGCCCGAUGUUGCAUCUGCCAUAUUUUCAUUGGACCGAACGCGUUUUUAUAAAAAAGCCGUUAAUUUUUCAAAAGCUUUGAAAAAGGAAUCCGCGGCUUCUAGCCACAAAGUUUCGGUUACAUUGGUACCACUUCGAAAAAUUCAACGGUUUUUAAAAUAAAACGCGUUCCGAUAAAUGAAGUUUUUAAACUGAAAUAAAUGUCAUAUUGAAAGAAAAAAUGACCAAGGCCGCCAUGCUGGAAUCGAACCAGCGUCCUCUGUUUAUGCAUCAUUUAUCAGUCUUAGUAAUUUGGCUAAUGAAUCAUCAGACAAAUAAUGUUUCGAAGUUGCAACAGGUAGGCAAUCCUCGAGUCCCGGUAAAAGUGAACUCUAAGGGCUAGUUAUUACUACAUAUGUGCAAGUUGCGAAAAGUUUCCAAAAAUUUGAAAAAACUCCCGGAAAUUUCAUUUUUUUUUUACAUGAAAUGAAGGUAACUCAGUAAUUACCACCGUGACCAUGGCAACGAAGGACACUAAGAAGUUGAUUGGUCCUAGAAAACGUUUGAAAAGUGAUAAACUCUCCGAGCUUAAAGGAACUUUAGUGAUUAACUGGCCAUUCGUAAUCAAGCUUUAUUGCAAUGAGAUAAGAUCUACCAAAAGUAAGUUGUUAUUAAGUGUGUUGUUUGUACAAGUGACUUAAAUUACAAUUUCUAUGACUAAGAAUGAAACUAUUCACUUUCGGAAAGUACAAAUUGAAAUUCACCCUUUUAAAAUUUAUACUAUUUAUAGCCACUUCUAUUGAACACUAUUUGUGGCGUUCCAUAACUAAAGGGUCCUUAAGCUCCAGGUACACCCUUCUCUGAUGGAAAGCCACAUUUAAGAAAAGUUUACUUAAUUAUCUAUAAUUUGUUAUUUAUUUAUAAAUACACUAUGUGUAAUAUAAUUUGAUGUCGUUAAACGUGA